CUAGAAAUCAUGAAUACUCAGCUCAUCUACUCAUCUCUUGUCCAAGGGGUUGAAAAAUUCCAUUUUAAAGGAACUGCUGUGCCGUGUCAGUUGUUCUUGGCCAGUGACAUGACUGUACCUGUGGCUGUGAGUCCUUCAGGUCAGGUUCUCAUUGCUGCUUCCCGCUAUGGCAAGGGUCGCAUUGUGGUGAUGGCACAUGAAACUUACAUGGAAGACCCACAUUUUGGCCAGUUCCUUCAAAAUGCCAUCAAGUGGCUGAAGCCCAAACAAGAUGACUGCAUUGGUGUGUGCAAGCUGCCUCAUCUUGCUGAGCAUCUGUGUAAAACAGGAUUCAAGAUCAAGUCUUUGGCCGAAUAUGAUGGUUCUGUGGGUGUCUUCUGCUGUGAUGCCUACAGUGACCAUCAGACAGCAAAGCUUGUUGAGUUUGUAAAGGGGGGUGGUGGUCUUCUUAUUGGAGGUCAGGCAUGGCACUGGUCCUACAGUCACAAAGAAGAUGUUCUGCAGUCCUUUCCUGGUAACAAAAUCACUGGAGUCGCUGGGAUUUUUUUCACCUCAAUGUAUGCGGAAAAAGGAUCCUUUUCAGUUCUCCAAAAAGCACCACUGCCAUCCAUCUUUGUCCGAAAUACCAAGAAUAUUAGAGAAGAUCUGAAGGUUCUUCUGGAUGGCAUGACGCAGUUUGAUCUUCGCAGCUCCAGUGUACCAUCAGCUCUGUUGGUCCAUGGUCCCCUGGCAUUUCCUAUUGCCCAGGAUGAGUCAGGACAGGUGUUUCUGGCUGCAGCUCAUUAUGGUGGUGGCAGGGUGGUGGUGAUCCCUCAUGAGGGUUAUCUUACUGAACCUGCACUGCAGAGGUUCAUCCUUAACGCUCUGGACUGGUUGGGUGCUGGGCAGAAGGGUGAAGUUUUUGUAAAGCCAGAUAUAGAAAAUAUCUCUUUCCACAACAUGCUUUCCAGCUGUAAUGUUGCCUGCAGGGUCUCUGCUCUGGGAGCUGGAGCAAGUGUUUACUGCUGUUCCUCUUACAAUGAUGAUCAGGCAGAAGAAAUCCACUGCUUUGUGGCUGAGGGUGGAGGACUGCUCAUGGCUGGACAUGCUUGGUGGUGGUCCUACAGCAAUCCUGGCCAAAACCCACUGACCUGUUACCCUGGAAAUAGAAUCCUUAAUCGGUUUGGCAUUGGCAUUCUGACCUCUACUGUGGAACAAAAACUGUACAAGGCUCCUGGUGUUGAAAAGGCUUUCGGUUAUCCCCAUUUCCGCAAAGAGGUCUCUGAGUUUAUAAACAAAAUGAAGAUGCACAAGCCGCUGGCGCAGAUCAGGAUUCCAAUAAGUGCGUUGGCAAGAAACUUUGCCAUUUUUCUAGAAAUGUGGGCCCAUCACAGCUCUUCCUACUCCUCAGUCAUCCAGCAGUUAAUUAAUGCUGUCAACAAAUCUGGUGUUCUUCAAGUGAGUCCAAAGUGUCCUGUGAAAAGUGAAGAAGGAAAGGUUUUGUUGCAGUUUGCUGAUGUCCUGUACAAGCUAAAACCAAGAGAAAUGGCUCGUGUGAUUUCAGUUCUAUCAGAGCCGCUGCAGACCAUCCCUUUCGCACAUGUUUCUGUUGAUGCAACCAAUAAAGAUGCUGAAGCAUGGAGAAGCACUGGCCUCUAUGUGUGUCCAGGAAAACAAGUGACUGUCUGUGUGCCUUCAGAUGCUACAGGGAAAAACCUCAAAGUGCAAAUUGGCUGUCACACCGACAAUCUGAGUGAACUUGAUGAGCUGAAGAGGGCUCCAGUGGUCACUCGGUGUUUUCCUAUCAAUGCCGAGAGGGUGGAAGUGUCCAACCUUUGGGGGGGUCUCCUGUACAUCAUUGUACCUGCAGGUUGCAAGCUUGGCGUCAUGGACAUUGUUGUCGAGGAGGCAGCCAGAGCCCCCUACUUCAAACUGGGUGUGACCAGUGUUUCAGAGUGGCAAUCUACUGGGCGGCAUCACCCUGGUCCCUGGGCAGAGCUGGAGGCUGACAGCAUCAUUGUGACAGUGCCCUCAAAAGAUGUGCGACACCUGGAUGACCCAACACCAUUACUGACUCUCUGGAACCACAUCAUGAAGGCUGUGGCCAAGUUGGCUGGCUGCCCAUCCCCCUUCCUACGGCCGGAGCGCAUUGUCACGGACAUCCAGAUAUCUGCAGGAUGGUUGCAUUCAGGUUACCCUAUUAUGGCUCACUUGGAAAGUGUGAAGGAACUUAUCCAAGUUGACUACAUGAAAUCAGAAGGUAUCUGGGGUCCCAUCCAUGAGCUGGGGCACAACCAGCAGAAGGAGAUGUGGGAGUUCCCCCCACACACCGGGGAGGCCACAUGCAAUCUGUGGUCUGUCUACAUCCAUGAUACGGUGCUACACAUCCCACGGGAGAAAGCACAUGGAGAUCUAAAGCCAGAAAUGAGAGAAGAAAGAAUCAAAGCCUACAUUAAUGGCGGAGCAAAACUUGAAAACUGGUCUGUCUGGACAUGUCUGGAAACCUACUUACAGCUUCAAGAAGGCUUUGGAUGGAAACCCUUCAUCCAGCUGUUCACUGAAUAUAAAUCAAUUCCCCACCGUGUGAUGACAAAAGAAGAGAAGAUGAAUCUCUGGGCAGAGAAGUUCUCUCAGGAGGUGAAGAUGAACCUCAUACCAUUCUUUAAGACCUGGGGCUGGCCCAUUGAGGACAAACUGGCCAUGAAGCUCUCAUCUCUUCCAACCUGGGACAAGAACCCCAUGAUGAAGUACAUCUGAUAAU